AACGAUAUGAAAGCAAACAGUAUUAUUUUCUCUUCUUUUUUGUGGAAUAUUGGGAUCAAUCAAAGCUUUCGGUUUGUUUUUUUAUUCGAUCAAUUGGAUUAAUUGAUUAUCCGGCGAUCAACAAGUCGACCUGUCUGAGCUAUGUUCAAGUUCAGGAAUUCACACGAGCAACAAGCUCAGCCACGUCCGCAGGAUGGCUCUUCCCGGCCGGCAACUCCGAGUAGUAGUGCUUCUAACAGCUUCAACUUGCCGAGGCCUGCAGAAUGGUCGCAUUCUCACUCGGUUUCACACACUAAAGCUGCUGGAGUCAUUGCUCUUUUAAAGGAAAAAAGUGUCGAUGAAUUACGGAAGCUUUUGUCUGAUAAGGACGCUUACAAUCGGUUCUUACAGUCAGUCGACCAGGUUAAGAUUCAAACCAAUAUAAGAGAUGAACUUCGCAAGGAGACUAUGCAGCUUGAUAGGAACAAUUUGGAUAAAGAACCACAAAUCAUGGAGCUAAGGAACCAGUGCAGAAUUAUCCGCACGACUGAAUUGGCCGCGUCUCAGGAAAAACUAAUCGAGCUCGAGAGACAGAUAGAAGAAACCCUGAAGCUCUACUCCCCUGCAUCGUUUAUGCAUAGGCUGCAAGAUGAAAUGAAUGCGACGGAAGUGGAAUCGGAAAUCUUGAACAGACAGCUCCUUGAUGGGGAAAUAGAUAUCGGGACCUUUGUGCAGAAGUACAAGAAGCUCCGGGGUAGUUACCACCGGCGAGCUCUCAUUCUUCUAGCUGCUAAAACAUCUCCGGUCGGAUGACGAAAACGACCGGAGAUAGUUAUUGGUUGUAUAUCUAUAUGCCUUCAUAUUGAUAAGACUGCUACUUGCAGCUUGGUGUAUGAAUGAUGAAAUCCAUAUAAGACUGUUACUCAUGUGCAUAUGAAUUAAGAGUUUGUUCGAG